AUGGAAGUGGACGGGGGGGUCAGAUCGGAGGUGGGCGGCGCUCCGGCGAGCUCGCGGUGGAAUCCGACGAAGGAGCAGAUUGGGAUUUUGGAGAACUUAUACAAGCAAGGAGUGAGGACGCCCAGUGCCGACCAAAUACAUGAAAUCACCAAUAGCCUCAAAGCUUACGGCCAUAUUGAAGGCAAGAAUGUGUUCUAUUGGUUUCAGAAUCACAAGGCCAGGCAGAGGCAGAAGCAGAAGCAGCAGAGUUUGGCCCUUUUUAGCCACUUUCUUCACUUCAAUUCCAACCCAUAUUCUUCCCCAAACGUGGGUUGCAGCCCAUACUACGUACAUCAAAACGACGUCGGAUUGUAUCCACCGUACCAUAACAAUUCCAAGGCGCUUCAAAGCAGUGGCAUUGCGAGGAGAAGAUCAAAGAGCGAGAGAAGAAACAGUAAUGGUGAAAUUGAGGUCUCCGCCAUUAACCUUAACAUUCAGACUGAAACUCUGUCUCUCUUUCCGACGCAUCCGACCGGAGAUUUACAAGUCGGACCACUGCCACCGACGUCUUCCGAAACCUCUGCCGACCAUUCUUCGGCCGGUGUUAGCUCUUCUGGCCGUGGGACGUACUUUGAUUUUUUUCUCUAG